AUGAGCAGACAAGGAUCCUCCAAGCUCCAACUUGGAUGCCUUCAUGAAUGGAACAAUGAAACCAAGACUCGGAAUACUAAAACAGGAGCAGAUCUGACAGGAAACAAAGAAUGUGCUCUGUUUGGUGACACUGAAGUGACUGUGAAACUCUCAAAGAUUUCUAGUAGAUUGCUGAUAAUUGGGGAGAAGGUGAGUAGCUCAACGUCCCGGGGCCAACUCAUGGGAGAAGCAGAGGUAGAUGGGAUGCAGUCUCCGUCUUUCUUGCACCAAAGGCACUGCAGGCAGCGGUGCCCACAGGCAGAGGGGCAAAUUGUCAGGCUAGGUGCUUCUGCCAGGCGGCCCCUCACGGCCGAGAAGGGGACCCCGAGACGCAGAGGGCGCGGCGAGGGGACCCGGCGGGCAGCGGGGGAGGGGGCCGUGGGGGUGGCCGCCCCCGGCCAGCCCGGCCCCAGCCUCCCGCCACCCUCCCCUCCUGCUGGGGGCCGGGCAGGCACGUCCGCCGCGCCGCCUGCACCCGGGGAGACCAGGGGACCCUCCAGCCGCCGCUGCAACCCCCCACCCCGGCCGGACCCCAGGACGCGCCUCGGGCAGGGCAACUGCGGGGCAGCCAGGUCGGCGGGCGAGGAAGGGAACCGGUUCCCGAACUUCUGGGAUAAAAACCAGCGGUCGCUGCAGAUGCUUCAGUCACGCGAAUGCGAGAGCGGAAACGCGCUGUCCCUGCACCGGGCGGGGGCAGAGGCGGGUUCGGAGCAGGGAGACCAGGCAAAGUGGCUGCGCAGCCGGGACAACUUCGCGACGAAGGCGGCCGGAGACCGCGCUGCGGCUUCCCCGGGCGCCGCUGUCGCCGCGAGGAGAGGACAGGGCGGCCCCUGUCGGGCGGAGCGGGCAGGGGGCGAGCGCGGCCGGGGUGCCGCCUGCGUGUCCCCGGCCCAGGGGGGGGCGCUGCGCCCGGAGCACCGGCCCCGGGGCCACCGACUGCCCCAGCGGCCGCGGGGCGCAGAGGGGACCGCGGCGGAGCCGGGGAAGGAGGGACGGCGCCCGCCCGGAGCGUCACGUACCUUGAGCUCCUCGCUGUCCAGGCUUGUUGAUCUGUCCAUGGAGCAAAACUAGAGGAAGUGGAGAGGAACCGGGCAAGUCCGACCCCCGGACACUCUAGUCAUUUAGUUUCCAGCUGAAACUCAGCUUUAUCCUCCUCCAAGCCCCGGCGGCUCCUCUCAGUCGCAUUCUCCGUGGUCACGCCGCCUCCACUGGUUAAAAAUAUUAAAAAUAAAUAAAUAAUAAUAAUUCACUUUGUUUUACUUCCUCCAAGAUUCGGUGACAGGUGAUCUUCACCGCGGUGCAAUACAGCUCAGCCGAAUCAAGCAGGGGCGAGAAAAAUUACUAACAACAACAAUCCACUCUGUGCAAGAUUAUUUCUGCUUCUGCAAUAAGCUUAGAAACCAGCGAUUUGCUGCAUCCCGAGAAAAAAAGCUGCUUCCCCGGACGGCAUCAUGCGGCAGAUUUCGAGCAAAUGUGUUCAAACUGAGGCGAGGAGUGUGUGAUAACAGCCUUCCUCCGUCAGCCUGACUCCGGUGUAGCUAAUUUAGCACCAGUCCCAGGCAUGAGCAAUGAUCAAUCUCCCCGGCAAGAUAACAGAAUCCCCCAAGUCCUGCAUGCACUUAAAAAAAAAUGUCUUGCAGCUGAGAGGUAUUCUCUCCUUGGGGAAAAGAAGAUAAUAAAGUCUGAAGGGAACGUUCUCCUUUGAAGGUUAUGCUAAAAGAGUUAAGGGAAGAGGAGGUGGAUCCUACAGACAGAACGCAGGGAGAGAGAGAAAUUUCCCUCCUGCUUUGCUGUGUUACUGGCCUUCGCCACCAGGUGACUGACUGACUUGGCUUCUCUCUCCCCACAGCCAGCGCGGAGGGGAUUUCUCUCAUCUGUCAAAAAGCAACAUUUCCACUCCAGACAAAUGCCAUCGCUGGGUCUUAAAGACUGCCCUGUGUCCGGGAUCCGCUAGGUGACAAGCAUUUUAAUUCAUUUCCUACGUUGCUUCCUCUUGUUGCUAGAGCGCUGGGAGAAAUAGGCUUACAUGGAUCCUGUACAUACUCCGAUUAUGUUUGCUUUAGAUCUCUGCUGUGUUUAGUGUCAGUUUUUUGUUUUUCCAACUUAAGGCUUUUAAAUAAAUUGACAAACAGAAAUAUUCAAGGAAAUUUCCUGCGAUGAUGCUGCUUCUGAUAAAGAAACUUUUUACUGGAAAAUGAUUCUUAAAUAGACUCAGCCACCUGGCCUACUGUCCAUCUGCCACUGCCGUUUCCUCUGAUCAGAAGAGCUCUCUCUCCCUCUCACUCAUAGCAUGUUUAAAAUUCAUACCACAGACUGAAGUCACCUUAUCAGCAAGGAUUUUCAUCAGGACUAAAUUUGAACCUGCCACCUCUAGUAUAUGGGGCCGGCACCCUACUCCUUUGAGCCACAGGCACCACCCUAACAGGUUUCCUGUUUUUUAAGCUAACUUUUUGAAAGGAAAGUGACAUUUCUGGGGAUUUUUUUGUUUUUUGUUCUUUUUUUGCCAGGGCUGGGUUUGAACCCUCCACUUCCAGUAUAUGGGGCCAGCGCUCUACUCCUUUGAGCCACAGGCACUGCCCCUCUGGAGAUAUUUUUUAUUCCAACAGAAGAACUUGACUCUUCAGCCAUCCCCCUCCCCCCCACACACACAGAAGUGAUAAUCCAAUAUAAUAUCAACACUAAUGAGACCUUUAUGAACUGACAGUGUUUCUACGGGUUCCACUGGUGUCAGUCUUACAAGCAAGGAGUAACAGGAGGCACAAGACCACAGAUAUGAAGAGAGAGAGAGAAAACUGUAACUAAUUCUAAAGAAGUGUUGGAAUAGCCAGAAAGAAGUGGAAGGAGUAUUGACUUUUGUUGGAGUUCUUCUGGAACAGCCUAAAAGAAAGAAAACAAACACACCUGAGGAAUCUGGAAGAAAAUACUUAAUACUAACAUGUGAUUCAAUUCUAAAACAGCACUCUCGGUUGACUUGAGGUCUGGACAUUUUCCUAUUCUGACAAUGCACGUGAAUGAUCCUCUAACAUGACAACACUGUUUGGUCUGUUCAUUUACAUACGAUUGUUGUUUAAAACUUAUUUUUAGGAAAUAAUGUGAAAUUUUUUUUUACUCUCAUGACCACACUACAUAGAAAUAAAGAAUGAAUGAAAUUAUAUUGCAUAAACUGAUCCUUGUGAUGUACUUUCCAGUAAUUGCAUUAACAGGAAAUG